CAGGGCUGAGCAGAAAGAGGAGGAGGAGAGAGAAAGAAAGAGAGAGUGAUUGCUUCCUCCCCAUCACAGCUUCACUCCGGAGGUCUCCACACACGCGCUCACACUCCCGAACCUUCUCACACUCCACUCUUCAGUCUGACGGAAUUGUAAAUGUGUAAAUUAAAGUAAGCCCAAAGUAUCGGAGCUGAGCUGCUUUAGAGAAUCUGGAGAGACUGUAAAGGAAAGAAAGAAGAACGAGGGAUGUCGGAGGCAAGCUCCAGGAAGAAGAGCUAUAAGAAAGGGAGGAGUGCUACUUUCAGUAUCGAUGGAUUCAGCUUCACCAUAGUGGCUAAUGAAGAUGGAGAAAGCAACAGCAGGCCACUGGCAACGUUUGCACGUUCCAAAUCCCAGAAUGCACUGUGGAACUCCAUCACUGCUGGAAUGGGCGUCAAGGAAAAGGUCAGGGGUCAGAAGAGCAUCCUUGAUGACCCCCGCAGCCCUGAGGAAAUACUGGCCGAGGAUUUUCCACCCGCAGAUGGACCGGAUGCAAUGGAGAAGACCGCCGUGAGAUUGCGGUGUCUGGUGAAACAGCUCGAGAGGGGAGAGGCGUCCCUGGUUGACCUGAAGAAGAACCUUGAGUAUGCAGCCACGGUGCUUGAAUCCGUCUACAUCGAAGAAACAAGGAGGUUGGUGGACACAGAGGAUGAGCUCAGUGAUAUCCAGUCGGACUCUGUGCCCUCGGAGGUUCGGGACUGGCUGGCCUCCACUUUCACGCGGCAGAUGGGGCUAAUGCUGAGACGAACGGAGGAGAAGCCGCGCUUCCGCAGCAUCGUGCACGCAGUGCAGGCUGGGAUAUUUGUGGAGAGAAUGUACCGCCGGACGUCCAACAUGGUGGGACUGAGCUACCCUCCGUCCGUCAUAACUGUGCUUAAGCAUAUAGACAAGUGGACUUUUGAUGUAUUUGCUUUGAAUGAAGCGAGUGGGGACCAUGCACUUAAAUUCAUCUUCUACGAGCUCCUGACCAGAUAUGACCUCAUCAGCCGAUUCAAGAUUCCCAUCUCAGCUUUAGUGUCCUUCGUGGAGGCGCUGGAGGUGGGCUACAGCAAACAUAAAAAUCCCUACCACAAUCUCAUCCACGCCGCUGACGUCACCCAAACCGUCCAUUACCUACUGCUCAAGACUGGCAUGGUGCACUGGCUAACCGAGUUGGAGAUUUUCGCCAUGAUCUUCGCUGCUGCCGUGCACGAUUAUGAACACACUGGAACUACAAACAACUUCCACAUCCAGACCAGGUCAGACACGGCUAUCCUGUACAAUGACCGCUCAGUGUUGGAGAGCCACCAUGUGAGUGCAGCAUAUCGCCUCCUACAGGACGACGAUGAGAUGAACAUCCUCUACAACCUCUCCAAAGAUGACUGGAGGGAGUUCAGGGCGCUGGUGGUGGAGAUGGUGUUGGCCACAGACAUGUCUUGCCAUUUUCAGCAGGUCAAAGCCAUGAAGAACUUUCUACAGCAACCAGAGGGAAUUGACAAGUCCAAAGCGCUUUCUCUGCUGCUGCACACGGCAGAUAUCAGCCACCCGGCAAAGAACUGGGAUCUUCAUCACCGCUGGACCACCUCACUGCUGGAGGAGUUCUUCAGACAGGGUGACAAGGAGGCGGAGCUUGGACUGCCCUUCUCACCACUGUGUGACCGCAAAUCUACCAUGGUGGCCCAGUCCCAGAUCGGCUUCAUCGACUUCAUCGUCCUUCCCACGUUCACCGUUCUUACGGACAUGACAGAGAAGAUCGUGACCCCUCUGAUCGACGAGGCGGCCCACUCCGGCCUCGCCGGCUUCCGCAGGUCCAGUCUGAGCAACAUUUCUGCAGAAGGGAAGCGGGGCAGUGUGAACAGCGCAGUCUCAGAGAGCAGCGCGGCCCACAACUGCUCCCUGCUGGCUGUUGACCUCAAGCACUUCAAGGCCCUCUGGAACGAGCAGGUCUACCAGAACCGAGAAAGAUGGAAGGCUCGUGCAGACAAAGAGAUGGAGGAGAAGGCCAAGCGUGAGGCUGAAGAGAAGGCUCAGCUGGAGGGAGCUGCUGCAAGCCAGGAGGGACCAAUUGAGCCAGAGACACAUCAGCCAGAACCAAAGAGUACAAGGUCAGGUCAGGAUGACCCAGAGCCUGGGGGGGUGAGUGGACCACCGGAGGAAAGCCCCCAUGCUGAAAACAAACAGAACAAGGAGGGCAACAAGCAACUGCACAAUGGGGAAGUGUCAGAGGAGCUGGGCUCACCAGGGAGUGAUGAAGGAGGGGAGAAAGCACUCAAAGAGACUGAAGGGGACUAGCGUGGCCUGUUGGUGGAGUCUGCCUGUUGUCAGGCUGCUGUGCUGUAUGCUUGCCUCCAGCUCCUUUGCAGUGACCUGAGGAAUGUAACUGAAGCUCCACAGCGCCCUCUGCUGGACACAGCCCUUGCUUAUGCUGUUUGCUUUCUGGCCUUCUUUCUUCAGGAAGGCCCUUCGCUUGCAGUCUUUCUUCAGUGACUCCAGAGUUUCUUCUAGGCAGAUCUGUCCCAUGCUGCCACUCGAACAGGGAGUGUGUGAGGAGGCUUGGAGGCGGAUGCUACUUCAUUUCCUUUCGCACCUUCUCUAUUUUCUUGAUACUCUUCCAAACUGGGAAUUUCAAAAGCAGAGUCUGGCAGUCUGCUUCAGCUUCAUUGGAUUGUUUUCUAUCCAUUUUUUCCUCUUAGAAAAAGAAAAAAAAAAACCUUCUGGGGUAUGAGUGUCUUCCUGUAUGUUAACUCCCAUCUCCUUCUGCUCCUUUUUUUCAUUCUAUCAUUCAUUCAUUCACUCUUUCUUCCUUUUGCUUGUGUCAGCAUGUUUGAUAGCAUUUUCUGUCCGAAGCAGGAGUCAACUCAGUUCUCCUCAUGCACUCCAUGCAUUUACUCACAUACUCUAUUCAUUUCACAACUUUGCGUCUGCUCAGCAACCUCAAACCCAAAACGGCCGCUCCACUUUCUGCCGGUUGCCUAUAUUGUGUGUCGCAUGACUAGAGGUGCUCGAGGGGACAGAUGAAUGCACUGAAGCUAUAUAUUAUUUAUAUGCAUUUAUUAGAUAAAUUUAUCAAGCAGAAUAAUUUACCUAAUAAAUAAAAUGUCUUACUGCCUUGGUCCAUCUUCGAAAUUUUUCCCAUCUGAUGCAAUUUUAAGCAUGUGUAUUAGACUGUAUGACGCUUUCUCAUUUCACCAUCAAAUCCAAGCCACUGCAAGUUGUAUCUUUAGAUUUAAGUGAUGAUAUACGUACAAAACAAACACUCACACAGCUCUAGAUUUGGCCUGAAUAUGCAUAGGACUGUAGCUGCACCUCGUGGUCCGAUGGUGGAGUUAAAUUUUGCUCUGUUGUUUUUGAACCUGCUUUAUUAUGUCCCUGGUGUAACCCGGCGUACACCGUUGACUUUAGUGCAAACAGUCCAACACAGUGGUUCAAUUGCAAUGCUAUGAUUGUAAAAAAAUGUAUAGCUAAUAGAGGACAUACAGUAAUCCACUGAAUGUGUAUAUGUAUUUAUAUUGUAAAUGGACACACCUGUGACUAGGCCUAAGCUUUUAUAAGUAAGAAAAGCUCUAUGAAGUGGCAGUAUUCCCUGAUCGACCUCGUAUACGUCUGCUGACCCUCUUAGUAAGCCUGGAUCUCAAUGGACAUGUUCCCACUUCCUUUCCACUGCAGUGAUGUAAAGCUUGGAGUAAUGCAUAGUAACCCAUCCUACUCUUCUGUGCUACAGAUGCCUUUAAAAUGGCCUGUUUCUGUUCAUGGUAUUGAGUAAGAGUUGCACCGAAGGACAAACCGACUUGGUUACACCGCAAAACUGGUAGCAGCCACAGGUUUGACAUAUAUCGCUUUGAAGAAAGCAUAAAUAAACGUUCGUUUGAACCAUACCACUGUGCAUCAUCGGCAAUAUUUACAAACGCGACGCAGUGAAGUUCAGUUUCUCCACCUGUUCUCUGAAAUACCUCUUAUUUCUUCCUUUUCUGUCCAUUCUGGUAGAACUACUGGGCUCUUCCAGCCUUUCUAUUGUAUAGACAAUAUAUGCAUUUAACAACAUAACUACAAUGUCAUGUAAACACCGAGGGCCUGAUUGCUGGUACAUCUGUGAUUUGUGGUAAUUUGUGGAUUCCUAGGUUUCCCAUAUGUAGUUUUUCAUUUUACAGCAUUUACUCCUAUAAUCAUAUCCACAAGGCCGUAAUUAGCAUUUGUAAAUAAAAUGUAUAGUUUCUUUAGUUGGGAUAUUUUUUUUUUAUUUGUAUAAUUCUAUCCAGCUGUAUACACGUUACUAAAUGAUGUAUGUAUAUUUUGCUUUUGUUUGGGUGAAGAGAACAAAUCACAAGCACUGACUGUGGAUGGAAAAAGUGAAUAUUACAACAACAGUUUAUUUAUUUGUGUUCAGGCUGCAUCUGUUAACAGUCCUUGGUCAGUUUUCUGUACAAACUAAAGUCAGUAACAGUGAGAGGAUAUCAUUAAAAUGCCAAUACCACGAUUCAAAAUUUAUUAUUCAUAAUUAUUAUCAAUUAUGCCACUUCAAACAGAACAUAACACACACACACUGUCCACACGCAUGUAUUAAAUACUGUAAUAAUAUACUAUAUUAUACACUAUAUUGUAUAAUGUACUGUGCAAAAGUCAGAGAGCCCUGCAUUUAUUUAACUUCCAGUCAAACUUGCCAUUAAGCACAAGUUAUUCAUUUUCAUUUCAGAGAUUUCUGAGGAGAUUAGAUAUUAGAUAAUCCACACAAAGAAUUAGAAAAAAAAACUGGACUUCAAAAAUUGAUUAAAAGAUACAGAGAAAAUGAGACUCUUAACAACCUUGCAAGAUGUGGUAGACCACCAACACUGUCCCCAUCAGAUAAUUCUAUAUUAUAUUUAGUUGUUGAGGCUUCUGUGUAAUUUUCAGCGUAAUAAAUGUUUUUUUUCUGAUGCUGAAACUAAAUUAAUGGCCAUUUUGAGUGGAAAUUAAAUAAAUGAAAUGAAUGUCUCUGACUUUUGCACAGUAAUGUAUAAUACUGUACUACAGGAGUGCAGUGACUCACAGUAAAGCAAAUCUACCCUUAUUAUAGACACAUUUACUAUAAAGCAAGUACUUUUGCCUGAACAUCCUCUAGGCUUUUGUACAAACCUAUUUUCUGUAUGCAGCACUCCUACAGAUAUGGAUUCUACAAAAUUCUAUAAUUUAAUAUUAUUAUUAUUAUUAUUAUUAUUAUUAUUAUUAUUAUUGAUGGCAUUGUUUACUUUGACUGUCCAUGUGUUUGUGGUUUGUUCUGAAGCUCCCUGCACUGUAAAUUCUGCCUACAUGUGACCAUGGUAGGUUUAUAUAUGGGACAGGUGAAUGUUUGAACUUAAAUUUAAAUGAAGCUUUGGAGUGUGUGUGCAUGUGUGUGUGAGUGUGUGUGUAUAGGGGUGUGUGUGUGUGUGUGUGUAUAGGGGUGUGUGUG